UUAUUAAGGAAACCCGAACUGUGGAACAGGUUCUGAAGGAGGGCUUACGUAACAGUUGGAGGUGUUAUAUAAACUGUGCUCCGACUCCCCAAAAGGACAGAGAAGACCCUGCUGUUGACGAUUAAAGAUGUUCAAGAUUGUUCCUUUGGCCGCAGUGCUGCUGUGCUUCGCUACAGCGCAGGUUGUGCCAAAUGCAGAGAUCGGUCGGGUUACCAUCCAAGUGCCGUUGUUGUCUAAUGGAAAGCCAGUCAUUCUGGGCAGCCACGAAGGUGUUGAGGUGGCCCACGUAGAGGAGAUCAAGCCGGGAAAGAUCCAGGUACUCAAUGAGGUGCCUCCAACGCUCAGCAAAGUUCGGAGUGCGAGAUCCAUUGUAGAUCAUUCCAACGUAGGAAUCCCAAAUCCUGGUAUUCCCAACGAAGGAAUCCCAAAUCCUGGCAUUCCCAAUAGGGGAAUACCAAAUCCUGGCAUUCCCAACGAAGGAAUCCCAAAUCCUGGUAUCCCCAAUAGGGGAAUCCCAAAUCCUGGUAUUCCCAACGAAGGAAUCCCAAAUCCUGGCAUCCCCAAUGAAGGAAUACCGAAUCCUGGUAUCCCCAAUAGGGGAAUACCAAAUCCUGGCAUUCCCAACGAAGGAAUCCCAAAUCCUGGCAUCCCCAAUGAAGGAAUACCGAAUCCUGGCAUCCCCAAUGUAGGAAUACCGAAUCCUGGCAUUCCCAACGAAGGAAUCCCAAAUCCUGGCAUCCCUAAUGUAGGAAUACCGAAUCCUGGCAUCCCCAAUGUAGGAAUACCGAAUCGUGGCAUUCCCAACCAUGGCAUCCCAAUUCCUGAUGCUUCUGCGAUCCAACCUGUUGCUGUAAUGCCAACCCACCGCACCACCACCAGCCCCACGAUGACCACUACUACAGUACUGCCGAAGCGUGUCCCGUCCAAGAAUUGCCAUCACCUGCUGUUGGCUGGGAUGACCACCGUCUCACCCUUGGAAAUGAUGGCCACUCCGCCGGCAGAGAACUGCGACGAGCUGUGCACCAAGCACGAAUACAUGCCCGUCUGCGCCCACAACGGUGUGUGUGUCCACGAGUUUGCCAAUCAGUGUGUAAUGGACACUUUCAACUGUAAGCAUCGGGAUUUGUCUUUCCGCAGCGUGGAUGAGGAUGUUUGCCGGUUGGAAUUGUGCGCCAGGCGAUGCAAGGAGGAGGAUUUAAUGCUCUAGGACUAUGACAACAUACCCACUUAUUCCGUAUUCUUUAAGUCCAUAUAUCCGUCAAACAUAAAACAAAAAUAAUGAAUAUGUAAACCAA